CCACGUCUAUAACAAAAAAUAAGAUAGAAAAUUUACCAAAUUCAUGGAUUGUCCAAGUAUCCAGAUGUAAAUAGACAAGAAUUUGGUAGUAGGAUUCGACAUUCCAAAUCGUAUCGAAUAAUUCGUCCCACAGCCAGUUCGGCCAAUAGAUGCUAACUGCAGACUUUACAGAAAAAUAACAGAAUGAAUUAAUGACAUUGAAAGGAUGUUAUAAUCAACAUGUCACAGACUUCAUUUCUGGAAUCGGUGGUGACCUGGGAUGAAAAACUCUGCCAACAGAACUUGCAGGAAGCACUUCCAAAACUUGUUAGUCACCUACAGGGCGCAGCAGUUCUUCAAGAGGAAAUAGGUAUAUUAAAGAUCAUCUGUGUAUCAUUCUUACCAUGGGUACAGAUAGAAGAAGCUGAACAUCUACUGUUUGCAGAUAUUUCCUCGAAGGGAUGCUCGGUGCUUGACAAAGUGUUAGGAGAAAUAAAGUCAUUACCAAAGCAUUCUGCCGCACAUGGGGACUUGCAGGCUCUGUUAGAGGUUUUGGUUGAACUGCUAGACUGUUUCACCCAAUGUAUCAAAUAUGCCCAAGGGGCAGGUAACUCUCAUGAGCUGGCUUCAGUCCAUUCUCUACCAUACGGAGCUAUUUAUUUGCUGAAAGGAACAUACACUCAUUGUAAGGACAGUAGUGAGAUAUACGGGGAUGCUCUGGCUGGUGUAACAGAACCACUCUCUGUGCUGUUCAAGAAGGCACACGCUCUACAACUGGCAUUGCUAGGGUUACUGGACAGCAUUGUGAUCAACAGCAGUGUCUCCCAGCAGGACAUAGAGGAUCUUUGCUAUGUGUGUCAGGGAUUAUUUGAGAUAUGUCAGAUUGUGUCCAGUUUGGACGUGAAAUUGGUCGUCAGUCUGUGGAAGGCUGUAUCCCGGUUGUCAGGACGACACAAGAACCAGUUGAAGGAUGGGCUAGAUGUAGAUAUCAUGGUGACCUACCUGUGCACGGAGAUCAACAAAGGUUACAUGUAUUUGUUGCAGCUGGCACCACCAUGUGAGGACAAACAAGAACUGAGUUUAUCCCAGGGAGACAGUGCAGCCUUUCAGAAGUCCCUGAAAGUGCUUGGCUACCAGCUGAGGGUUAUAAUUUCAUUGUUGGACAGUUUUAUAGACACUGUGAGUGACUGUGUGAAAUCGGCUUAUGACAUGAUCAUAGCUAUAUUUAGGAGUUUACCACCUGGUAUUACUGUUGUUAAUAUUGCUGUAGCGAGUAUAGAUGAAAUCAGACGUCAUCUUGUGAAUGGUAUAGAGCCUUUGGUUAACUUGCUUGUUCAGAACAGGACCUUUGUGACCUUUAUAUUAACCCAGGAUAGUGAGUGUAAACCAGAAGACAGACUUGCUUGGUUAGAGCUCCUGCUGAAGAUUGCAGAUUGUCUACCUAAACAAACAGAUGAUGUGUUUGAGAGCUGGAUGAGAAGUUUGAAUGACAAUGCAACUAGGAGUAUAUUUGACCAAAUUUUUUUGGCUACAUCUCAAUGUUACAUUGAGAUGUGUAUGCCGCUAACAAUCAGAACAACAAAAGAAGUCCUUCUGUAUGAGUACGUCUGUACUCAUGUUUGUGGUCUUGUUGGAAGUCUGCCAGUCAAAUACUUUUGUGUUCUAGAGGAAAGCUUACUCAAACAUCUGUUCUCUGUGAAUGUCUAUGUUUCUUCCCUAGCGGAAGAUGUAUGGUGCUUUACAGCAAGGUUUGGGUCAGCAGAAUUGUGUUACCAGCAUGCAAAGUUACUGGUGGAGGUCUGUGAAAUGACUGCCUAUCCCUACAGCAUUGUAAAACUUGUUAAAAGACUUAUCAAGUUCUUGGCUCCAGACCAUCAAAACCAGUUGUUGAAGUGUUACCCUCCUGACCAUGAUCAUGUUAGACUGUGGUGUGAUAUAUUUGUACCUGUGUUACCAUCAGCAGUAUCAACUGAAGCCUGGACUUCAUUGUUAAAACUGGCAGUUGAGGAUGUACAGAACUUCAUAUCCGCAAGAAACAAAACAUAUGCUGAUCUAGCGGAUUUGAUACAGUCAUUGAAAUAUCUUACACAGCUUCUUCAUCACCAUGGCAACACACCAGUUGACCUUCAGAGUCAGCAUUCUGCUGUUGUUAAGGAAACAGCAGCUCAGCUUUUGUCAUUGUGGGAUAGAGAAUGGACAGGGGAGACAAUCUUCAGUGCAUGUUUGUUACAAGUGACAGAGUUGUCUGGAUUGCUUAUAUCACACUUGGAAAAUGAAGACUUUUUGAGGAUAUUUGAUUUACUGUUAAAUCAUGUUAAAACCGACAGUGUGAAGAUUGCAGCAUGUCACUUCCUGAAGGGAUGUAAGAAGGUGAAGUUUGCGCCUGAUUCAAAGCAACCAAUGAUUCUGAAGAAGAUACCUACGCUGUAUAGCCUUCUGCUUCAAGACAACAAUGCCCUUGUUCAACACACAGCCUUAGAAUCAUUUACACAAUUUGCCGAGAGUACACCAUAUGAAACACUGGUACCUGAAUGUUUGGGGGACAAUCAACAGUUACAGAAUAAAGUUGUGGCUUUCCUGAGCAAGUCAGCUGAGGUGAGUCCAGACUUUAAAGAACUUACCUACUUGAAACAGCAACAGGAAAAGCUCUGCCAACAACAUGACUGCAUUGAUAUCCAAGUGAUAGAUGGGCUGCAAGCUAGUGAUAAACCUAGGGAAAUUACAAAAGAAGCUAAUGGAGAUAUGCUUGAUGACAUUGAAGAGCCUGCUUUAAAGAGGAAAAGAUGUCAGAAUACUGAAGAAGAAGACAGAGAGUUACUAUCUGUUAUUGUUGAUCUGGAGAAAAAUGUUUAUAGGCUGGAGCAGGCAAUUACAUCAGAGACUUUAUCCUCAGUAUUCAAAAACAGAUUAAAAAUGGUCAGCUCUAAAUUGUUGAGUUUGAUAGACAAAAUGUAAUAUUUUUUACCAAGUGUUGAAAUGUAUGUGUGUAUUGAGCCUAUAUUGUUCAGCUACGAAAUUG